CUCGCCGUUACUCAUCUUCAGACAUGGAUGAAACACGCAGUAAUGAGCAGUUUGCGGUAGCUAACAACAACCACACCACACACAGUUUCCAAAAUGGUGUGGCCAGUAACCUUUCUACAUCUAUGCUUUCAUCAAGCAGCGCUGUGCGGACGAGUGUGAACUAUCCAGCCAUUUCUGCCCAUCAAUCCGGUGUCCAAUCGAUUACUGCGAAUCACUCAGCAACACCGCCUCAGGCACAAGACCCGAGCUUGCCUUGCUCAAUGCCGUCGGUUGGCUUGAGUAGCCUACCCUGCUGCCACGCUCUGACACCGUCUAAAGUCCGUACUAAAGUGGUUGGGUCCAAGGGAUGCCCGGUGCCGUCUGUGAAGUUACCUGAGUAUCCCUGGGUGGACACUACCCAACCAGUGACCCAUGGAGCUGAGAAGAACCAAGACGUUAGUAAAGGAGGAAAGCCACUCGGCCCAACGCGACGUGUCCGAACGGCGUUUACCAAUACACAAUUACUGGAGCUGGAGAAGGAAUUUCGCUUCAAUAAAUACAUCUGCAGACCCAGACGAAUUGAAAUAGCUUGCCUUCUGGAACUAACGGAGCGACAGGUGAAGGUUUGGUUUCAGAACCGACGAAUGAAACAAAAACGUAUUGCCCUGAAGAAUGUCACAAAAGCCAAGGGUUACCCGUCAUGCAGCACUCGCUCUCAAGACUCAAUGACCAAUGACGUGUCUCAGUUUAUCGAGCGUAGCCCCCCGUCCUUCACUCACUGUCAAAAGACCAUGCAGUUUGAAUCGUCCUAUCGAAAUAUGGCAUCACCAAAAUCGUCCUCCGCGUACACAACGGUCGUCAACUCCAACCAGCUUGCAUCCAAGUCCAUCACAGAUGACAUACAGCAAACAUCCGUCGCCCAAAAGCAAAAUCCUAGGUCAGGCAAUUUGACCUAUGACCGGAGCGCCUUACGUCCAACGCUCGGCAGUGGGUCAUACGCGAGUUUUGGGACCUACGCGGGCCCGUCGGGAGAUAUAAUCGAGGGGUGCGUCAGGGGUAACUUAAACGCGACUUGGAGCCCCUUACCAACGGGCAACCAAGGUUGUUCCAGUAGCACUGAGGGUUAUCGACUGGCAUAUGGGACCGAGGUUGGAGAGGUCACCACGCAUGCUCCCUACAAGAUUUGUCAUGUGAAGGACAGUGGAACAGGUCAACAACCCCACUCAAAUAUUAACACCAACAUUAAUGUUGUCUAUCCACCUCACUUCUAAUUUUCUUCUUGAAAACCUCUUUUAGUAAAAACUUCCACCAUACGCAGUUUCAAAUCCUACCGAAGAGACCUUUCAAAAGGAAUAACGAUCACUGCAUAAAAAUAAAGAUGUUCAAACAGCAUCAGCAAAACGCAUGAAAAGGAGGUAAUAAUACUUAAUAAAUAAAGACACAACAGAAUACUCCAAAACUUAAUUGGUGAAUCAAACACAAAAUAAUACAACGUUUUAGUUCAUGUAAAUAGAAUACGAUAACUUAUAACCAUAUAAACACUCGGUUAAUGUUUACGCACACAUUAAACAUAUUUGUCGUAUGCAUGUGAUUGUUGAUAAAUAAGUGUGAACCACUAAUAUAAUUUAGUUUAUGAUGUUCAUCUGAUUUGCAUUAAAGACGAUAUAUCUGUGCUCGAUUUAAACCAGAAAUUUUGUAUGUAUGUGACUGUGUAAAUUCGAUGAAGUGAUAGCUUUUAUAUAAUGUAUUGCACAAACAAAUGCACCUUUGUUAAAAUGAUAUUCCAUUAAAACCUACUUAUUAAUUAUUGGCAGGGUCCUACAUUGUCUCACAUUGGGCCCAUCUGCAAUAAUUUAUUGUGUGAAAUGUCCGUGGCAUAAGUGAACGUGUUUGGAAAGUUUCUCUUCAUUUUGUCAAAUUUAAAAAACAAAAUCGGGGAAAAAAAUGCUCGAGUUGAAGGGUUUUGAUACCUGGCCAAUGACAAAUAUUGCCAUUGACAUGACUGCCUAUACUCACUGUGAAUAAAAAUGUAUGUACUUACGUUUAGAAGUUGCACUUACAUCAGUCGUCAAGUUUUUGAGAAACAAGUGAGCAGUGUUUUCAGGAGAGUGGCGUUAAUCCCUAGUACGUGCUAAAACAAUUGUCGUCUCGUUAGAGAGUUAAGUUCGUGACAUUGCUUUACUCAUUUCUCAAAAACUUCAGAACCGAGCAUAGAAACAUGUUACGGAAGGAUUUCUACCAUCAUUAUCUUCAAACCGUGGAAGUUUAAUGUAAAUCUGACAGCAUUGUGUUCUGUGUCGUACAAAGAGUACCAAAACCCUUUAAGUGAGAAACACCCCAGAUAACACCUUUCAGCAAAUAUGUGCCAUGCAACUUUAAUUUAGGAAAAAUAGACUCCUCUGCCAACAUUCAAUGCCAGCACUCCUUCUUUUUGUUAUCUUCUUCGCCAUGGAUGUUUACUAUUUUAAGCAAAUGCACUUAAAACAUUACUAUAUGUAAAAUGUAAAAUACAAACAAUGAAAAAAAGUAUAAAGUUGAUUAUAUUUUGUUUGAGUUGCUUUAUCUGACAGUUCUCUGAUAAAAAUUCCUCUUAACAGUUAACAAAAAAGCCGCACGUACAAUUCCUUAUUAUUUUUAGAGAAUCCCUGUACCGGAUCUGGCCCUUGUUUAAACCAACCCUUUAUCAGUGAUGAUAUAUAUAAGUUGUAAACCUAAAAAGAAAAUCACAUAAUUAUGUCAUGAAAACGAAAACAAUAAUGAGAAACAAGAAAAACUAACUAAACAUUGACGGUAGAUUUUUAAAAGAAUAUUUUGAAACCAAUAUUACGGGCUUCCGUAAUGUAUUUAAUGGCAAACAACAUUAAAAAAAAACACAGACAAUGACAUUUCUGUGUUUAUGGUGUCAGAUAAAACUCCCAAAAACUCAUGUUGAUAGACUUGUAUAUAAGCAAUAAGGAAAAGCUGAGACAUGAACAGGCAACGGACAACUUCUGCAUCUGCAAGAAACUUAAGACAAUGGUCAGACCGCCACAUGACUUAGAACAACAAAUAUACAUUUGGUUCAAAGACUACAUAAUAAUUGUUAACACGAAUGUUUGUACUUGUCUGCCCCCUGCCCCCCCCCCCCCUUCCCCAGGAA